GAAACGUUCCACUUCAUUGCGCAUUCUAAAACGUGACCAUAUUAUUGUGUUAAAAUUGAAAUCCGCAUAUAGUAAACAAAUAAAAUAUGGGUCUGUUAUCGCUUUUACGAAAAUUACGUUCUACCCCAGACAAGGAAGCGAGAAUAUUACUACUUGGUUUGGACAAUGCUGGUAAAACAACAAUUUUGAAACAGCUAGCCUCUGAAGAUAUAACAACAAUAACACCAACCGCUGGCUUCAAUAUCAAGUCGGUGGCAGCAGACGGUUUUAAGCUCAACGUGUGGGAUAUUGGUGGCCAAUGGAAAAUACGUCCAUAUUGGAAAAACUAUUUUGCCAACACUGAUAUCUUGAUUUAUGUAAUUGAUUGCACCGAUAGAAAGCGUUUAUCUGAAACAGGCAGUGAACUCUUUGAACUAUUAAUGGACAACCGACUUAAACAGGUACCACUGCUUGUGUUCGCAAACAAACAAGAUUUACCCGACGCAAUGUCAUCAGCUGAAGUAGCCGAAAAGAUUGAAUUGGUACGUUUGCAGGAGCGAACUUGGCAAAUUCAGGGGUGCUCAGCGGCCAAUAACACAGGCAUAAAAGAAGGUAUGGAUUGGAUUUGCAGGAAUAUUAAAAAAUAAAAUAUUAAUUAUUUCAAAUCAUCAAAAGGACUUUAGUUAGUUAAGUAAUAGUAUAUAUUUUCUUUAUAAUAUAAUUUUACAAUAUAUAUAAAUAUGAUUUUAUAAAAGCGAUUAUUAACAUUAACAGGCCUAGGUUUUUUACGU